UACAAGACCUACGCAUCUUACCAUGGUUGUGUCGGGGCUACUAUUUACUUAUGGCCAUCGCAGUCGCGCUCGUUUGCGGCAUCAAUGCAUAUGGAGAUCCAUGGUGAACCAGUUGUGGAUGUUGCUGUGGCCAUGCAGAAUGCUGCUACUCGGUGCUUGGAGCUUCUUCAAGACACCAUGAGUAUUGGAUUUGAUUGCCCUCAAAUGCAAAAGAUUAAGACCGAGAUGAAGUACCUUUCAAGCAGUGUCGCUGAGAAGAAUCAAAAUAUAAAGGAUCUGAAGACUAAGGUGGAGAAAAAGGACCACCAGGUCAAGGCCCUUGGCAGGGGUUGGGGUUCAUUUGGAGACGAUGUGCUUGGUUUCGCAGGUCGUACUGAUAAAGUGGCUGUCAAUUAGCUGCCUUGCGGCUCUUCUCCUGUCGAGGGUGAUGUGACCUGGGACUGCUAUGGUCUUACUCAAGAAGCCAACAACCUUAACUAUCUAUCUAUGAUGUCAAUUGAUGCUGUCACUGGUGCUAAAAAUGGUGUUGCUGCAGCGGCCAGAUGCCAUGGACCAAUAGUGGUGGUAUUCAGAUAUAAGUUUCAGUAGUCUAUGCUCAUUGAAUUUUCUUUUGAAGCUAAAAUAUCAGUCUUCCAUUUUGUAUGUGAGUCUAUUAGCUUAGAACGUGAUAAUUUAGGAGAUAAGUAAAAGCAUUGAUACUUAGAAAUAGUGGGAACAAUGGUCCAAACAUGUCAGGGUGUAUUAUCUCCAAAUUAAUGAUGGUAUAUUCUUAUUUCAAGCCUCA